AUGGUAGCGGCCGCCGUAUCUUUGAGCCCGGGAUCUCAACUGGGUUUUGUUCCGUCGUCGCCUCCACCACCAUCACCGCCAGCAGCGAAACCAGCCCUGAUACUGCCUCCACCGUAUGCACAAUAUACGGUUGAGAAUUUUCUACAGCAGCUAGGUCGUGGCGGGAUGAAGAAACUUGAUCCGGACCGACCUGCGGGGACGUUUUGGUUUGGUGUUGACAAUUGCGUCGGUCAGAGCAUCUCCAAUGUCAUUAAGGGUUCUUCGUACAACCCUAUACCAGCUUUAGAAAGCUGGACCAGGCCACUUACGACACUUGGUUCAAGUGUUUCGCGUUGCAUUGGGAACUUUCUGCACACGAACGCAAAGCCGGCGCCUAUGGUUGAUACUGUCUUGGAGGGUCUAGUGCAGAAAUGGCUAGAUCCGUAUUCCCAGUCCAUUGCCGCCAAGAGUUCAGGAUCAAGAAACGCUAAAGAUGAUGUGGGGCAGCCAAAAAACGUCCCACACACUUCCGGUCAGGUCCCUUUUGUGGGGAGACGUUUGAUGAUGGUUGAAAAAAACGGGGGAGAAUUUCUUCCGAUGACGAAGGUCUUCGCCGAGACCCACAAGAAGAAGAACGGCAAAUUCACGGAUCCUCGGGCAGAGGCGAUCUACAACGCUGCCUGUGCGAGGAUCGAGGAGCGACAGACGCAGCUCGCGCAGCAGGUGCCUCCGACGUCUCCCAGAGAUAGCUCGGUCCAGUCCACACCGACCUUGACGGUGGCGGAGAUGGACAAGAUCUUGAAAGAAGUUGCCCCUCGGAAUAAGGACAGGAUUUUAGGGAUGGGAUCCCUCCAUGAUACCCCAAUCGCUUCUGCGACUGGUCAUGUUCGGGCAGAGGAUCCAGUGGUUAUUCGCCAGGAGCUCCAGCAGAUGCGGACGAACGAGACGGAGAUCGACCAGUUGUACGGCCUCUUCGAUAUUUUGGACGCCGAAAAACUGUUGUUCGCGGCACAGUUGGACAGGAUGUGGGUAUCUGGAGUCCUCACCGCUUCUUCUUCAUCCAUAAGGAGAGCAGGGGACCAGCCACCAGAAAAAUCCAACCGAAGAGCCGGCAAGCAACCUGCGAUAGACGACAUUAGUGUAGAUUUAGGUCUUUGA